GAGAAGGGUGAAUAAACGCAGCGAGCAGCAACAGUCACUCAUUUUUUUGAUAUUCACAAUGGCACUCGCAUCCCUCCGCCCAGCGGCAUACAUGUCCUUCCUCCGCCCCCUCGCCCUCCCCCGCGCCGCAACCCUCACGCGCUUCCUCUCCACCAGCCCUGCCGUCCAAUCCAGCACCGAAGCCACGACCACGACCUCCUCCUCCACGACCUCCUCCCAGAGCCUCGAGUACCGCGUCUCUCGCACUCCCUCGGCACAGCUACCCAUCUACCUCCUCGCUAAGCGCGGCGGGAACCUGAAGCAGACGAGGGUGAAGAAGAUUGAGGGGAAUAUUGCGCAGUUGAGGGAGGAUCUGAAGGUUGCGUUGGGGAUUGAGGAGGAUAGGGAGAUUCAGGUGAAUCAUUUGACGAGGCAUAUUAUUGUUAAGGGACACCGCAAACCGGAGGUUGCCAAGUUUCUGGAGGAGCAUAAGUUUUAAGAGAAGGACAGAGAGAGGAGUCAUAGAGUGAGAGAGUGAGGGGGGGAGAGAGAGGAGGAGGAAGAACUGUAUUACAAAAAUGGAGUGUAUAUUAUAAGGCCAUCAUCACGAGCAGUUUACCAGCGCAUAUAUGUAUAAAAAGCCAGAGAAAGAAUCAAACCAGAUCAGAC